AUGAGAAGCCAUUUCCGUGCUGAAUUUUGUGCCCUCUGCCAUCUCAUCUUGUGGAGAACAGAACGUCGAGUUGUAUCAACACAAGUCACAACCUCCGCACGGAAGAACACCACAAACCUCAUUGAGAUUCUAAACCAAAUCAGAGACACCGACAAGCGAAAGGCGGCAAUCGCGGGAUUUUUGGAGGAAAGGCUGGAGUCAGAGAAGAAGUUGGCGUUGGCGGAGGAAAGGCUGGAGUCAGAGAAGAAGUUGGCGUUGGCGGAGGAAAGGCUGGAGUCAGAGAAGAAGUUGGCGUUGGCGGAGGAAAGGCUGGAGUCAGAGAAGAAGUUGGCGUUGGCGGAGGAAAGGCUGGAGUCAGAGAAGAAGUUGGCGGAGGAAAGGCUGGAGUCAGAGAAGAAGUUGGCGUUGGCGGAGGAAAGGCUGGAGUCAGAGAAGAAGUUGGCGGAGGAAAGGCUGAAGUUGAAGUUGGCGGAGUCAGAGAAGAAGUUGGCGUUGGCGGAGGAAAGGCUGAAGUCCCAGAAGGAAAUCCAUGAGCUGCAUGCCCAAAUUGCAAAUGUGGAGAUUCUUCACGCCAAAGGGCUGCUGACAGCCAGAGGUGUUUUUGAGAGAGCAGCUCAUUUGGCGUUUUUCGAGAUGAACCUGAAAGGCGCAGUCAACACUACACAAGCCUUGCGGGAGGUAGGCAAUGCUUCAAAGCUCGGAGUUUGGACGCAACAUCUUCGCGAUGCUGCGGCGUACUGCGCCCCCAAAGAACAGACAAGUGACCUGCUCAUCUCAGUUUGGCAGGAAUUGUCCUUAGACGUUCAUGGCUUCAGCUGGAAAGGGCCAGAUGUUCAAUUCAGUGCUUCGUUGUCAGAGCAGGCCAAAUGUGUAGUGGAAGAGCUUUGCAAAAAAAUGGGCUUGAAAAUAAAGAAAGCGUCAUAA